GUAACAAACUUCCUUCCUUUGGUUAAAAAGCAUAUAGCCAAAAUAUCAAAUCUUUAUUCUUUCUUCAUCUUCUUCAUCUCCUUCUUCCUUAUAAAAAAACCCUUUUUACAGCAGACAGAAACCCAGAAAGAUAGGAGAGAGAUACCCAAAGAACAAAGUAGAAAAAAAGACAGAAUGUAUGUAGAGAGCGGCUGUUUUGAUUCAAUGGAGACGGUGGGUUCAUCUCAAACUGCUCCAAAUGGUGAAUCUGCAUUAAUUUCCAUGGAUGAUAUCUCAUUUCAUCAUCACCAUCAUCAUCAAACGUCUCCUCCAGGAGUUGAAGAAGAAGAAGAUGUCAUUAAUGGAUGUUCUGGAGCUGUUUCAGCUGCUAUGGCGGAUUUUCAUCAGCGUCUUGGAUUGGAGAUGGAUCAUUGCUACAACCAUCAUCCCAUCAAUGGAAAUAAUCUCGAUGGGAAUCAUUUGGGUACUACUGAUGAAACGCAAAACCAGGUUCUAUUCUAUGACGAUCAUCAAUCUAAUAAUUGGGAUCCUAAUAAUGUUAACACCAUUGAAACGCAAGAUCCUAAUAAUAACAUAUUGUAUUACCAAAAUCAUCAUCUCGAAAACCCAAAUUCGUAUCUAGGCGCUAAUCCAUCUGAUCUUCUCAAUCUUCUUCAGCUACCAAACUCCCCUGCCCCUUCCUCUUUCUUUCCCAAUUCGUCAAUCUCCUUCCUGAAAACCGCGAUUACAGGGGAUUUUCCAGAUGGAACUCAGAACGUUAUGUAUGAUCCUCUGUUCCAUUUAAACCUAUCCCCACAACCUCCUUUUUUCAGGGAUUUGUUUCAGUCUGUACCUCAUGGUGGUGGUGGGUCUUUGGUUGAUCAUGGAAUUACAACUGGAGGUGGGUUUCAAGAUGGAGAUGGAAGGCAUUUUGAUAAUGGUGUUCUUGAGUUCAGUAGAGAAAUGAAGAGGGUUAUUAAAGGUAAAAACAACAAUGGCAAAGGAAGAACCACUCAUUUUCCAACAGAGAAACAAAGGAGAGAACAUCUGAGCAAGAAAUAUGAUGCUCUCAAGAAUCUGGUACCCAACCCAACUAAGAGUGAUAGAGCAUCAAUUGUUGGAGAUGCAAUAGAUUACAUCAAGGAAUUAUUGAGGACAGUUGAUGAAUUAAAGCUGCUGGUUGAGAGGAAAAGAUGUGGUCGAGAGAGAAACAAGAGACAGAAGAAAUCAGAAGAUCAUAUUAAUGAUGCAGAGCAAAGUAAUAGCUCGAUGAUCAUGAAAACUGAUCAGUCCUACAGUAACAAUGGCCCUAAUUCACUUAGAAGUUCUUGGCUCCAGAGGAAGACAAAGGACACUGAAGUUGAUGUUCGAAUCAUAGAUGAUGAAGUCACCAUUAAGCUUGCUCAAAGGAAGAAGAUCAACUGUCUUUUGAUAGUUUCAAAGGUUCUAGAUGAUUUUCAGCUCGAUAUUCAUCAUGUUGCAGGUGGCCUAGUUGGCGAUAACUACAGUUUUCUCCUUAACAGCAAGAUUUGUGAAGAUUCUUGUGUUUAUGCAAGUGCAAUUGCUAACAAGCUUAUUGAAGUGGUUGAUAAACAGUAUGCUGCAAUUCCACCAGGUAAUGGCUAUUAGGUUGGAUGGAGAAUAUGAACUUUAAAUCUUACUUGGUUUUAAUUCUAGGGUUAUAAAAUAUAAUAUGUAAUUGUAGUUCUUGAUGAUUAUAUAUAGAUAUUGAGUAUUAUUACUCAUCUUAAUUACUACUUUGGGUUAUUACUAAAGAUUCAUUUUUUAUU